CGGCAGCGACGCGGCAGGAGACCCUCCUACUCCUCAUAUUUCGUCAUCGGGUCUCGCCCAGUCAAAUUAUAGUCGCGAAAAUAUCGGGGGGAGAGAAAAAAAAAGAAAAAAGGAAAAGAAAAAUCAAGCCGAGCAGCCAGCACGGCCGGAGCGAGCCGGCUCAUGCCUCAUGCGGGGUUUUGAUUCAAAUUUAAAAAAAAAACAAUCUUUUUAACCCGGUGAUAAGUAAAGGAGAUGAAGGGACUCCUGCCGUUUUACCGGGGCUUGUACACCCUGAGUAACCGUCAAGCCAGACGAAAAACUGGGAUUGUCGGUUCUCGGUGCGGGUUUUGCGGAAUUCAGUCUAACAGCAAGCCACAGCCACAGCCACAGCCCAGCUUUGGGCUGUUGUUUGACAUUGAUGGCGUACUGGUCCGGGGAAGGAUGCCAAUCCCUGCUGCAAAAAAAGCAUUUGAGAAGUUGGUUGACUCUCGGGGACAAUUUGUGGUGCCGGUUGUUUUUGUCACGAAUGCAGGGAACUGCCUCAGACAAACUAAAGCAGACCAGCUCUCUCACAUCCUAGGAGUACCUAUUACACAAGAUCAAGUCAUUAUGUCCCAUAGUCCCCUGAGGAUGUUCAAGAAGUUCCACGACAAGUGUGUGCUGGUGUCAGGACAAGGACCAGUCCUGGAAAUUGCUAAAAAUUUGGGCUUUAAGAAUGUUGUCAGUAUCGAUAUGUUGAGGGAAUCAUACCCUUUGCUGGACAUGGUGGAUCACAACAGGAGACCAAAACUGCCGUCCAAUCCUGUUGGCAACCUUCCUAAGGUCGAAGCCGUGGUUCUGUUCGGGGAGCCAAUUCGAUGGGAGACCAACCUGCAGCUGAUAAUUGACAUUCUGUUGACCAAUGGUAACCUCGGCAGUGUUCACCAAACCCAAAGGAUGCCUCACCUCCCUCUACUCGCCUGCAACAUGGACCUCAUGUGGAUGGCUGAGGCGCAUUCUCCACGGUUUGGCCAUGGGACAUUUCUCGUGUGCCUAGAGAACAUCUAUAAGAAGAUAACAGGUAAAGACCUGAAGUAUGAGGCUCUCAUGGGAAAACCCAGUGAGAUGACCUACCACUUUGCAGAAUACCUCAUCAGAAGCCAGACCAUGCAACGGCGAUGGAAACUUCCCAUCACUUCCCUUUAUGCUAUAGGGGAUAACCUCAUGACUGACAUCUAUGGCGCCAAUCUGUACAACCGCUACCUGGAGGAGAGAGUUGCCAGAAAGAACCCCAAAGCCAUUGCUAAGAUGGUGGCCGUCACAGGAUCCACCACUGCAGUGCCCCAGGAGGAGGAGACUGACAACCUGUGGGAGAGCGAGCUAGCGCUCCCCUCUGCAACUUCCUGUAAGUCUAUCCUAGUCUGCACAGGGGUCUACAGCCCCAACUCAGCGGUGCCGUCUGAUGCAAACCACUGCAUCAAGGAGACUGUGUUUCAUGGGCACCGGGACUUCAGAUUCGACCCCGCGCUGGUGGAACCAGGGCACAUUGUGCAGGAUGUGUCAGAGGCUGUUGAUCUAAUCUUUGAGCAGGAGAAGUUUGUGCCUCAAUAGAGUUUUGAGCUAACAGGUUUUGUGUGAUUAUGGAGGUCCUAGUAGAGGAGGUAUGGAACGUUAAACUGGGUGUACUAUUUAAUGCAUAAACCUGUAGGAGCCUAACACUGUGGAAACUGUUUAACCUCCUGACAGGGCAUUGACAAAUUAUGGGUCAUCUUUCAACAUUGAGACAAACCUUAGAAAAAAAUAAUCAUGUAACUUACUGUCAACUCCUCUUUUAUAUUGUUUUUGUGACAGUCUUUAAUUACCUGUUUUUCGUUAAGGAAAAGUGUAAGAACUGCCUUAUUUGACCUUACUCAGUAUUUUUUUAGAUGAUAGUAAUGUUUUAGAUUAUUACAAAUCCUGAAAUCAUCCUAUAUUUAUUACAAGAAUUUACCAGUGUUUUUAACAAGCAUAUACAGGUAACAUUUUACCUUUAUUCUCAAGGUGACGUUUUAUUAAUGCAUUUUUAGUCAUUUGUUUACCCAUUUAUCCUGGAAAAUCUAUGCAUGAAUAUAAGAGUAAUACUGUAAAAUCAACUGUUUGAUGUGCAAUAUUGUCCUCUAAUAGUACCGUCCGUCUGCAUUAUGUCUAGUUCUGAGAGCCUUGACCAGUAUUUGCACAGAUCAGAGACUUUCAUCUUUGUUAAAUGUUACCAUAUUUUCCUGCCAUAACCUGUUUAUUAUAAUGUAGAAAUUUUAAUUCCAAAAGUAAAAGCUAACUAAACAUUUAUCUGGAUACAAGUACAAUGCCAAUCAGUAGCUCAUACCGCCCCAUGUGUGACCAUUUGUAGUAACUCAAUCACUGUAAAUACCUUAACUUAAGAAAAUAUAAGGAACAGUUACAAAUCUUU